ACCAAGGCUAUCAUUACAACAAUUAUGGCAAUUGCCUUUGGAGUUUUUAUUGGUAUUUCCAUUCCACCUUUGCAUUUGACUAAGAUUAACUUAUCUUCAGGCUUUGGACAUUCUUUUAAUGUACCUAUAGCUGAAAUAGAGAGAUUUUCAGCUGAUCUAGACAAAUCUUUAACUAUAGAUGACAAAUCUUCAACCAAGCGUAUUGAAUUUCUUGGCUCCAUGAAAUUACCUAAGAUGUAUGUUCCAACGAAUCCUCGUGGAGCAGAAUCACUACCUGCGGGAAUUGUUGUAUCAGAAUCUGAUUUGUAUUUGCGCAGAUUAUGGGGUGAGCCUAGUGAGGAUCUGAAGAAAAAGCCAAAGUAUUUGGUAACAUUCACUGUUGGCUAUAAUCAGAGAAAAAAUAUUGAUGCUGCUGUCAAAAAGUUCUCGGAUGAUUUUGACAUUUUGCUCUUUCAUUAUGAUGGACGAACUAGUGAAUGGGAUCGAUAUGAAUGGUCAAAGAAAGUAAUCCAUAUUAGUGCUAGGAAACAAACCAAAUGGUGGUAUGCUAAAAGGUUUUUGCAUCCUGAUAUUGUGGCAGCGUAUGAAUACAUUUUUAUAUGGGACGAAGAUCUAGGACUGGACAACUUCAAUGGAGACGAGUAUAUUAAGCUGAUUGAAAAACAUGGUUUGGAGAUUUCACAACCGGGACUCGGAGCCAAUAGUGGAUUCACCUGGGAGAUGACAAAGAAGAGGGAUGAUACCGAAGUUCACAAAGUUACAGAUGAGAAACCGGGCUGGUGUGGUAGUCCAGAUUUGCCUCCUUGUGCCGCAUUUGUAGAAAUUAUGGCCCCAGUCUUUUCUCGAGAAGCUUGGCGUUGCGUCUGGCAUAUGAUUCAGAAUGAUUUAGUGCAUGGAUGGGGAUUGGAUUUUGCUCUCAGAAGAUGUGUAGAGCCAGCACAUGAAAAGAUUGGUGUGGUGGAUGCACAAUGGAUUGUUCAUCAAACAAUUCCUUCUCUUGGUGACCAGGGAGAAGCUGACGAUGGAAAAGAUAAAUAUGACGCGGUGAAAACGAGAUGCAGGAGUGAGUGGGCAGAAUUUCAAGCACGUCUCACCAAUGCUGAUAAAAUGUAUCUUAAAGGACUUUGAAGUUUUGUGAGGGGUUAACAUAUACAGUCUCUAAUUCUAGUGUACAUGUUUUACUUAUAUUUACAGAUGCAUACACAUAUAUUUAUCAAAGGAAA